AUGGGUGUAAUACAAAGGAUAAAGAAACCUACAACACGUAAGGGUAAAAAAGUGUUGCUCUCUAGGGAACCGAAGCCAAUUGAAGGUGCUAAACAAUGCAUAUUUUUACAAGCUCGUAAUCCUUCUGAAAGAGCACGAAAGGUGCUAAAAGAUAUUUAUGACUUAAAGAAACCUGAUGCAGCUUUUCUCAGCCGAAAAAAUGAUUUUGUACCUUUUGAAGAUGCGACACUAAUUGAAAAGUUAUGCUACAAAAAAGAAACGUCUCUGUUUGGUGUUAGUUCACAUAGCAAAAAACGACCACAUAAUGUAAUUUUGGGUCGAACUUUCAAUUAUACUAUAUUGGAUAUGAUUGAGCUUGGUGCAGAUAAUUUUAAGGCUAUGUCAGAGUUCCAUAACAUGAAAGUUCUAGCGGGUAUUAAGCCCUGUCUACUUUUCAAUGGACCAACAUGGGAUUUAAGUCAAGAUAUGAAAAGGCUUAAGUCUCUUUUCAUUGACUUCUUCUAUAGAGAAAAAAUUGAGACAAUAAGAUUACAAGGUUUAGAACAUGUGCUUAGUUUUACAGCAACUGAUGAUGGUACAAUUUAUGUAAGAUCUUAUAGAAUACAACUAAAGAAAAGUGGUCAAAGAACUCCCAGAAUUGAACUUGAAGAAAUAGGACCGUCGAUAGAUUUCAAACUACGCAGAACUAAACUCGCCUCAGAUGAACUAUACAAAGAAGCUUGUAGGGUACCUAAAGAAGUCAAACCAACCACUAAAAAGAAUAUAUCACGAGAUGCAUUUGGAAGCAAAUUGGGUCGCAUACACAUGGGCAAGCAAGAUAUCAACAGAUUACAGACAAGAAAGAUGAAGGGUUUGAAGAAAACACCAGAAGAGAAAAAGCAGUUCCUUCAGAAAAGGAAAAUGGCCAGAAAAGAAGCAAAAAAAGCAAAUACUGCACAAGAA